GUCUCUCUGGUAACCCCGUUGAUUUGGAGAAACGUCACACUUCCUUCGGGAAGAACUUCAUCCCUCCCAAGAAGGCCAAGACGUUCCUGGCACUGGUGUGGGAGGCUCUGCAGGACGUCACGCUCAUUAUUCUGGAGAUCGCCGCCAUAAUCUCGCUCGGCCUGUCCUUCUACCAUCCACCAGGGGGCGACAGCGAAGCAUGUGGCCAGGUUGCAGGCGGCGUGGAGGACGAGGGCGAGGCUCAGGCUGGCUGGAUCGAGGGCGCCGCCAUCUUGUUCUCCGUCGCUAUUGUGGUCCUUGUGACGGCUUUCAACGAUUGGUCCAAGGAGAAGCAGUUCCGCGGUUUGCAGAGUCGCAUCGAGCAGGAACAAAAAUUCACCGUUAUCCGCAAGGGCCAGGUCAUCCAGAUCCCUGUGUCCGAGAUCGUGGUGGGAGACAUCGCUCAGAUCAAAUACGGAGACCUGCUGCCUGCUGACGGGAUCCUCAUCCAAGGCAACGACUUGAAGAUUGACGAGAGCUCUCUCACCGGAGAGUCCGAUCAGGUCCGAAAAUCUAUGGAGAAGGACCCCAUGCUGCUGUCCGGGACCCAUGUAAUGGAGGGAUCAGGCAGGAUGGUGGUGUCGGCUGUCGGCCUCAACUCUCAAACUGGCAUCAUCUUUACCCUGCUGUGCGCCGGCGACAACGAAGAAGUGAAGAAGGUCAAGAAAAGUAAAAAACAAGGACCCUCUGAAAAUCGCAACAAAGCCAAAACCCAGGACGGCAUCGCCCUGGAGAUCCAGCCUCUGAAGAGCGAGGAGGCCACCGAGUCAGAGGAGAAAGAGGAGGUGAAACCAGUGAAGAAGGUCAACGUGACCAAGAAGGAGAAAUCGGUGCUGCAGGGCAAACUGACCAAACUAGCUGUGCAGAUCGGGAAGGCUGGUGAGUAA